AUGUCUGAAUAUGGAUAUAGUUCUGCAGAUGGGUUUUCUGAUAAUGAUGAAAUCGAGCUAAGUGAUGAAGCAUUUAGCGAUCAGUUUGAUUCACAUUCAGCCGAUGAACUUACAAAUGAGGAGAUGAAAUUAAAUAUCCAGUACUCCUACCCUACAUCACGUACAUCUGGAGGGGUCUUAACACAUCGUAUGAAGUACAGACCGUUGGAUUUGUGUAUUAUCAAGAGUGAACUGAUUUCAAAAGCCAAAGAAUUGUCUAAAUUCUUAGAAAUAGAUUAUGGACUAUGCAUCAACUUGCUAAUACAUUAUAAAUGGAAUGAAAACAAACUAUUAGAAGAUUAUAUGAAUGCGGAAUCUUUCGAAGUUUAUCUCAAAAAGUAUGGUCUGAACAUCAACCCAGACUUGCAGAAAAACAAUAAUUUGAUAAAAAAAGAUACCGAUUCACUGUGUACAAUCUGUUAUUGUGAAUCCGAUACUUUCUUUGCCUUGGGAAAAUGUCGCCACGAAUUUUGUAUUGAUUGCUAUACAACUUACGUCAGAGGUAAAAUUGAAUUAUCCAUGGUGCUAAUCGGAUGUCCUUAUGCAACUCCCAAGUGUUCUUCCAUUAUGACGAUACAUGAUCUUGAGACAUUGAGCAGUUUUGAUACACGAAAGAAGAUGCCCGGUAUGCCCACCAAUGGUUUAAGCCAACUGCGAAUAUCGGAAGAUGUCUCAUUCUCGGCAAAGAGUGAGCAUACACUUUUAGGUCAAUAUUACAAUAACUUAUGCGCACAGUAUCUUGCGUUAUCGAAGAAAUACAAACGAUGUCCGUUUCCAGAUUGCAAGGGAGUAAUUCAGUCUCUUGGGUUUGAUUCACCAGAAGUAGUUAGCAUUGAAGAACAACAGGACAGGCUAAUUGUUCCAUUAGUAAAAUGUGCAUUUAAACAUGAGUUUUGUUUUUACUGUGAGGAGAAGUCACAUUCACCCUGUCCGUGCGUAGCAGUUAAGAGAUGGAAGGCCAAAUAUAAAGAUGAUAACGAGGACAGUGUCAACUGGAUCGAGCUUAAUACCAAGCAUUGCCCAUCCUGUAACACAUCUAUCCAAAAAAAUGGUGGAUGUAACCACAUGCAUUGUGGGAAAUGCAACCACGAAUUUUGCUGGAUUUGUCAUGGCACUUGGGAUGCCCACCAUUCUUGUACCACCUAUAGACCACCAUCGACAAAAUCUAGUGAGGUGAAAAUGAGUCUACAGGCUUUUCAAUUUUAUUCAAACUUUUAUAACAACCAAAGUUCAUCUUAUGAUAAAGACAGGAGGUUAUUGGAAAAAUUUGAGGAAAGUAUUGAAAAACUACAAAUCAGAAAAGGUUCUUCGUGGAUGGAAACAUCAUUCUAUAAUGAAUGUGUUGAUUCAUUGCUAGAAUGUAGACUGACAUUGAAAUGGUCAUAUGUUUUUCUUUUUUAUUUCUCUAAAGGUUUCGGCAAGCAGUUAGUUGAGAUGGCACAAUCUGAAUUUAGCAACAAAGUUGAGGGACUUUCAAAACUAUUUGCUGAUGUUCCAAUUAGCGAAGUUUUGAAUCGCAAAAGGGCGUUCUUAAGAUGUAAAUGUGAAAUGCUGGAAAGAAAGGAUAAACUGUUAGACACAUGUGUUGACAUCCUCGAGAAUGAGACAGCACGUUCAGUGUUUAAAAGGUUAGCAUAA